CUUCCGGAUGGUCAUCGGUGGUGAUGAUCUUGCCAACAAAGCCAUCAAUCACGUGAAAAUAUCGAAGAGCCUGGACUCCCUGUGUCAGAUACCUCCGAUCUGCACCAUUAUGGCAAGUGCUUUAAAGGAUCACGUAAAAGGGCAAAAGGGUUUUAAAUUGCAUCCCUUGAGUCUAACUGAGAUUUACAAUCUGGGUUUCGGUGCGCUGGAAGCGCUGGAAGCUAAACACUUGCCUAUCUUUACCAAGCUGAAGAAGGUGGCGCUGCUUCGGAUGGGAGGGCAGAACGUCAUGUAUGAGGAUGACCUUUCAGGAAACGGGAUAAGUGUCGAGGAAGCUUUAGCUUUCGCAGAAACGUUCCCGCUUGUUUUGAGAACGGAGACGGGACUGAACGGUACCACUGUGUUUCGCUUUGGCCACUCGAGUGUUCAAGAGUUCCUGGCUGCGUCUUACAAACUGGAGGACAUCGAAGCUCAAAAAAAGAAUUUAAGCUCCUGUAUUCAGCAUCAAGUGGAUGAAGUGCUGGAGAAUAAUGAGGGAGUCUCUGAUCUCCUACUUCGUUUCACGUUUGGCCUCAUUAAGGAGCGCAUGCUGUUGCCGCCCAAAGAUUUGCUCUUUGGCUAUGUCAAGAAGAAGAUCCUGAGCAAGAUAUCGUCCUACAGCACCGUCAUCCUGUUUCACUGCCUGCGGGAGUACGACAGUCAGGCGUUGCAGGAGGAGGUUAGGUUCUUUCACAGGUAUGGCGUUUCUCCGAUCCAAGGGUUCUCACUGGUGCACUGGAGAGACUUGAUGCAGAGGAUCAGAGCUUUUGAAGGGAUUCAAGAGACUUUUGAGAUGUCAGUGAGAUGUGAGGACAAACUCAUCAAGAAUAUUCCAGCUAUUUUCAAAUCCAGGAAAGCCAUGCUGAAAUUCUCCAACCUGACUGACAAGAGCUGCCCAGCGUUGGCAGCAGUCCUAAGCUCAAAGGAGUCAUUCCUGAGGGAGCUGGAUCUGGGGUACAACAGCUUCAGCACCAGUGGAGUCCAGGAACUUGCAGAGGGCCUGAACAGUAUGACUUGCAGGCUGAAAAUACUUCGGCUGCAAGGCUGUGGACUGACCGCAGAGAUCUGUCGGUAUUUGAGCCAAUGCCUGAUGCAACACCAAAUACUGCAAGAGCUGGAUCUUAGCAGCAAUGGAAUAGGAGAUCGGGGGCUGAAGCUGCUGUCGCAUGGUUUGGGAAGUUCUAGUUGCCGGCUGCAGACAUUAAAGUUGUCACAGUGUGACAUUGAAGAGGCUGGCUGCUGUGAUCUGGGCUCAGCUCUGCUGAUAAACCCUUCUUUUCUCAGUGUGUUGGAUCUAAGCAUCAAUUGGAUUGGAGACAAGGGGGCCAAUGAGAUAUUUAACAAUUUUGACAUAUCGUAUCUAAAAAAGUUGGAGUUGUACUGCUGCGGCCUCACCGUGCUGAGCUGUGAAAGUAUUGGGGAAGCUCUGAAGUGUGAAGCGAGCUCUCUGUUAGAGCUCAAUUUGAGCAACAACAGCUUGAAAGAUGCUGGGUUUAAAAUCAUCUGCGAAGGCAUGUAUGCGUGGUGUAGUCUCCAAAAACUCAACGUUUCACGAUGUGGAAUCACUGGUGCAGGCUGUCGCUACCUGGCAAAGGUCCUCUGUUCAAUCUCGCAGCUCACCGAUGGCGGGAUGGGAGUUGGCGAGUGGCAGGCAGUGGAGCUGAUAGACCUGGACCUCAGCAUGAACCACAUCGGAGACAAAGGAGUGAAAGAAAUUUCACCCAGCCUAAUGAAUCCUUUGAGCCACCUGAAAACUCUGAACCUGAGUUACUGCAGUCUGACUGACAGCUGCUGUGCAGAGCUCGCCUCUGGACUGAUGUCAAAGGCGAACAUUCUCAGCAAGCUCGACCUGUCGCACAACAACCUUCAAGAUAAGGGAGCGAAGAAACUCUGCAUCGGACUCCAAAGCCCGCAUUGCAAACUUGAGGAAGUGUCACUGAGGACCUGUGGCCUGACCUCGAGGAGUGUUCAGUUCCUGACCUCAGCCCUGAAGUUAAACCCUUUCUAUCUGACAGAGCUGCACCUGGUGGGCAACAGGCUCGAGGACGCUGUAAUCAGAGCACUCGUGGAGCUAACGAAGAACCACAAAUACGCACUCAGGACAAUAGACGUCUCAGUGGACUGAAGAAGAAGUGACACAAAUGGCUCUGUCUCCUUAUUUGCACAGAAACUGGAUGGCUACCACAUAAUUCUAUUCAGUUUGAGUUUCUGACUUAGAAGUAGUGUAAAAAUACCAAAUGUGCUUUAAAAGACUCUAAAUGUUUUAAUUUUCAUUAUAUUUUGUAUAUAAUGUUUUUUUAACCAAGUACUUUAUUUCCGGGCCAUAGAAGAAUUUCCUCACGUCUUGGUUACGGUGACCAUAUUCCAACAAAUGAAGGUUGCUAAUGCCGAGAGGCAUGUGGUAUAUGAAGGACAAAGUUAUUUCACGUGAAUGUGACAUUUGUAGCCAAGUAAAAACAAUAAGUGUAAAAACAAGCUAACAUUUUUAUAUACAAUAUUGUUCAUAAUUUACUACAUUCUCGUUUUUCCGGGCCAUAGAAGAAUUUCCUCACGUCUUGGUUACAGUGACCAUAUUCCAACAAAUGAAGGUUGCUAAUGCUGAGAGGCAUGCGGUAUAUGAAGGACAAAGUUAUUUCACGUGAAUGUGACAUUUGUAGCAAAGUAAAAACAAGAAGUGUAAAAACAAGCUAACAUUUUUAUAUACGAUAUUGUUCAUAAUUUACUACAUUCUCUUUUUUUUUCACUGUAAUUUUGAAAUUGUUGAACUGUUGCUGUUCGUUCUGUUUACUGUGGUGCAACCAGCGUUACAAGGUACUUCACAUAAGUUAUAAACACUGACACAUUACAAAAUGUGGUAAAAUGAGAGAAAUUGAUUAAAUUGAAGCUAAACAGAGUGAUAAUAAAACACUCGGAUGACAUUAAAAGUUGUCACAAAACACUCUGAGAAUCAUCUUAAAUUGCUUUGAUCAGUUAGUUAUUUACGAGAGUUUCUAUCAUAUUCUGCCCAAACUGUAGCUGGUCACUUUUAAUUUUCCACCUUGGGUGUAAUAUGUUUACCUGCAAGAGAGCCAUGGGACAGCUUUCACUGCCUUUUUUUCACAGCUGUUCAAAAACAGAUUUUGGAUGCUUAUUAAUGUGGAGCAUUUUCUCAAUAUUUGGCACGGUGUCCUGGUCACCCCAGUCACACUCACUGUUUACAUAUCCAUGCAGUUUUAUUUGUUUCAUUCCUCUUGAAUGUGAUGCAUCAGCAGAACUCAUCUCUGUAAACCGCACACAAUAAAUGCCUCUAUUUUUGCACCAA